AUGAAUGCCAUCUUCGGAGGAGUUGAUGAAGACAAAUUUAAACUCAUUCAAGGCUGUAAAUCAGCGAAACAAACAUGGGAUACUCUCCAAAAAUCUCAUGAAGGAACCUCCAGUGUUAAAAGAACAAGACUGGAUCAGCUUGCAUUUCAGUCUAAACAUCGCAAGAUGAACUCAAGCGAUUCCAUUGUACAGUUCAGUUCCAAGAUAAGCGUUAUAGCUAAUGAAGCUGAAGUUAUGGGGAAAACAUACAAUAAGCAGAAGCUGGUUAAGAAGCUGCUCAGGUGUUUGCCGCAGAAGUUCGCUACUCACAAGGCUGUCAUGAGGGUUGCAGGGAACACAAAUUCAGUAAGAUAUGAUGAGUUGGUUGGAAUGUUGAAGUCUGAAAAAAAUGGAGUUUGA